AUGGCGCUUGUCACCUUGUUGACUUCUCCGCAAGCUGUGCUCGCCUUUGGAGGAGCUUUGUUGCUUUUGCCUCUUGUUUACUACGCCAGUCUGGCCAUAUACAAUAUCUACUUUCACCCUUUGGCACAUUACCCUGGGCCGAUACUUGCCCGUGCCAGCCAUUUGUGGCGUCUGAAAGGAUACUUGUAUGGCACCGAAGCUCACGACAUCUUGGAGGCCCAUAACAAAUAUGGCGGUGUCGUUCGCCUUGCACCGGACGAGUUAUCCUACGUGAGCCCAAUUGCAUGGAAGCAAAUCUACGGUCACAAGACGGCGGGUCAGCCAGAAUGUCCAAAGGAUCCCGGGCAUCACGCGGAUCUCAAGAUUCAGACCAUCCUCAAUGCUGAUCAGGAAUAUCACGGUGUCCUCCGCAGGCUGCUCGCGCACAGUUUCUCGGACAAGGCAUUGAGGGAGCAAGAAUCAGUCCUGCUCGAGUAUGCCGAUAUCAUGGUCCGGAGAAUUGGUGAAGAAGGACAGAGCGGAGCACGAGCUGUUGAUAUAGUGGAAUGGUAUAACUUCUUCACCUUUGACGUUAUAGGCUAUCUGACCUAUGGUGAAACGUUCGGCUGUUUGUCCAGCUCCGAGCUACAUCCAUGGAUUGAUCUCAUGUUUGUCAUGGUCAAACAAAAGGCCUUCUACCAAUGCCUUCAUCGUCUACCAUCCUUUUUACGACCGGCGUUCAACCACUUCUUCCGCCCUGCCGGGCGUCAAACUACGACGACUGACAAGAUUCAAAAUCGGAUACACUAUGAGACCAAGACUCUGGACCUGGUUUUCAAGCUGAUCGAGGCAUACAAAGACGGCAAAAUGUCGUUUGAACAGCUCGAGAGCAAUACCAUGGUGCUCAUCGUGGGAGGGGCCGAAACUACAGCGACAUUAUUAUCUGGUAACGCCAUCUAUCUCAUCAUCUUCUGGUCCCCUCCCUCUUCAUUCUCUUGUGACUCCGUCCUUCUUCCGUCUAACGGGUGGCCCACGUACAUAGGCGCGACAUACUAUCUGCUCACGAAUCCAGCCUCCCUGGCGAGAUUGACAAAGGAAGUGCGCACAACCUUUGCCAGCCCGGCGGACAUCAACUUGACCUCGGUCAACGGGUGUCCGUAUCUGCUCGCCUGCCUCGAGGAGGCUCUUCGCGUCUACCCACCAUCCCCGCAGACACAUACUCGCAAAGCCCCGCGCGGAGGGGUCGAGAUCGACGGCCAGUUCGUGCCGGAAAACACGACGAUCGGUGUCCCCAUCUACGCCGCCUGCCACAGCUUCUUGAAUUUUGGGGCCCCGGACAAGUUCAUCCCGGAGAGGUGGCUGGGGAACGAGGAGUCGUCGGCCUCCUUUGCGAGAGACCGGAAAGAUGCCGCCCAGGUCUUCUCGGUCGGACCGCGUGCUUGCAUCGGACGCAAUCUGGCACUUUUGGAAAUGCGACUCGUCAUGGCCAAGCUGUUGUGGCAUUACGAUUUGAAGGAUUGUUCCAGUGGCAAUGGCAACGGCAGCAACGUGUGGGCAGACCAGAGGAUGUACAUGCUCUGGGAUAAGCCGCCUCUUAUGGUCAAGUUGGUCAAACGGGACUCGGAAUAG